UCCGGGAAGGGAAGCGGACUCGCAGUCGGCGUGCGCGCGCGCUCCACCAAUGACCAGCUGAAAACUGCGCCUUGGCUCUUGUUUUUCCGGGGGUGGGGAGCCCGCAAAAGUUCGGCUUCCAACUGUCAAAAACAAUGGGAUUCGAGCUGGACCGCUUUAAUGGGACGGUGGACCCGGACUUGAAGUGCAACUUGUGCAACAAAGUUCUGGAGGAGCCGCUGACAACUCCGUGCGGUCACGUCUUCUGCUCCGGCUGCGUCCUUCCCUGGGUGGUCAAGCAGAGCAGCUGCCCGGUCCAAUGUCAGCGGAUCUCCGCCAAGGAGCUGAACCACGUCCUGCCUCUGAAGAACCUGAUCCUGAAGCUGGAGAUCAAGUGUGACAACCAUGCCCGCGGCUGCGGCGCCGUGGUCCGGCUGCAGCAUCUGCCGGAGCACGCGGCGCUCUGCGACUACUCCCCGACCCAGUGCCGGAACCGGGGAUGCAGCCAGGUGCUCAACCUCCGAGACGUGGAUGCGCACAUGCGGGAGGCGUGCGAGUACAGGCCGGCUGGCGUCUGCCCGGGCGGCUGCGGGCUCCCGCUGACCCACAAGGAGCUGGAGGGCCACUGCUGUGUGGCAGCCUUGAAGGCGCACAACAGCGCGCUGCACUGCAAGCUCCUCUGCCUGGACAGGGAGCUGAAGAAGCAGACGAUCAAAGCCAACAAGCGGGAGAAGGAGCUGCUGGCGCAACUCUCCUCUGUGCACAGCGAGCUGCAGAUGACAACCAUUAAGUAUCAGAAGAAGUUCUCGGAGUACAGCGAGAGAAUCGACUCCCUGACCAAAACCGUGGCGUUCUCCUGCAAGGAAGGCGAGGCUAAAAGUCUGACAGUUGUUCUCCUUCGUGAGGGUGGAUCUCUGGGGUUUCACAUCGUGGGAGGAAGGCCAGUUGCGGAUGGCAAUGACUGCUCUUCAGCUGAAGGGAUCUUUGUUUCGAAGAUUGUCGAGAAAGGCCCUGCAGACAAGGAAGACGGCCUUCAAAUCCACGACAGAAUAAUAGAGGUCAAUGGCAAGGACCUUUCAAAAGCCACGCAUGACCAGGCAGUGGAGGCCUUCCGCACCGCCAAGGAACCCAUCAUGGUUCAGGUCCUCCGCCGGGCUCCACACGCAAAACUGCUCAGCCCUGCCAAUGACACCCAGGUUUUCGACAUCAGCACCCAGACUGACAUCACCCUCCAGCACAUCAUGGCCCUCACCAAGCUGCCACCCCCUUCUCCACCGAUGACAGAGCUGGAAGACUACAUGCUUCCUGAAGAGCAUGCUCCUCCGCACACGUUCUUCGACCCCAACGACUUCCUGGAGGGCAUACACCAGGACAUGGAGCGCGAGGAGCUGGAGUACGAGGAAGUGGACUUGUACCGGGCCAACAUCCAGGACAAACUGGGCCUCACCAUCUGCUACAGGACUGAUGAUGAGGAUGAAGCUGGCAUCUAUAUUAGUGAGAUUGAUCCGAACAGCAUUGCAGCCAGGGACGGGAGAAUAAGAGAAGGCGACAAGAUCAUCCAGAUAAAUGGCGUCGAGAUCCAAAACCGUGAGGAUGCUGUAGUGCUGCUGACCAGUGAAGGAAACCAGAACAUUUCUCUGCUGGUGGCCAGACCUGAAAUGCAGCUGGAUGAAGGCUGGAUGGAUGAUGACAGGAACGACUUCCUGGACGACCUCCACAUGGACAUGCUGGAGCAGCAGCACCACCAGGCCAUGCAGUUCACUGCCAGCAUGCUGCAGCAGAAGAAGCUGGAGGAGGACGGUGGCACCACGGACACGGCCACUCUCCUGUCCAACCACCACGAGAAAGACAGCGGGGUAGGCCGCACGGAUGAGAGCACCAGGAACGACGAGAGCUCCGAGCAGGAGAACAUCCUCGAUGACCAGACCACAGCCUCCAACACUCUGAGCAGCUGCCGGAAGUUGACUUACAGCCAGGACACCCUGGGCAGCACCGACUUGCCCUUCAGCGGCGAGUCCUUCAUCUCGGCUGACUACACCGAGGCCGACUUCCUCGGCAUCCCCGCGGACGAUUGCGAGCGCUUCAGGGAACUUCUGGAGCUCAAGUGUCAGAUGAGGAACAGUGGGAUGCAGGGUCUGUACUGCGGCGGUGCAGAAGGUCAGGACCAGGAUGGCGUGGACAAGGAGCUGGAGCUGCUGAAUGAAGAGCUGCGUACCAUCGAGCUGGAGUGCCUGAACAUCGUCCGAGCUCAUAAAAUGCAGCAGCUCCGCGAGCAGUGCCGCGAAUCCUGGAUGCUCCACAACAGCGGGUUCCGCAACUACAACACCAGCAUUGACGCUCGACGCCACGAGCUGUCUGACAUCACGGAGAUGCCGGAAAAAUCGGACAAAGACAGCUCCAGUGCCUACAACACUGGUGAGAGCUGCCGCAGUACGCCCCUCACGUUGGAGCUCUCUCCAGAUAACUCUUUGCGUCGGACUGCAGAGGACCCGCGCUCGGUGGGAGCAACCGGCUCCCACAGCAGGAUACUCAAACCCCUUCUCUCCCCCGUCCAGGAGGCUUGCAGUCCCAGCAGUAGCAGGUCCUCCUCCAAAGACCCCGAUGCUCCGGAAGGCAAAGAGAGAAAAGUGGGCGAGCCGAGCAAAACAGGACGAGGCUUCCCCCACCCGCGCUCUCCGUACAAGCACGCCCACAUCCCGGCCCACGCCCAGCACUACCAGAGCUACAUGCAGCUGAUCCAGCAGAAGUCCGCUGUGGAGUACGCCCAAAGCCAGAUGAGUCUGGUCAGCAUGUGUCGGGACCCCGUCGGCCUCAACGAUCUGGAGCCAAAGAUGGAGUGGAAGGUGAAGAUCCGCAGCGACGGCACCCGUUACAUCACCAAGCGGCCAGUCCGCGACAAGCUCCUGAGGGAGCGCGCCAUGCGCAUCCAGGAAGAGCGCUGCGGCAUGACCACGGACGACGACGCCAUCAGCGAACUGAAGAUGGGCCGCUACUGGAGCAAGGAAGAGAGGAGGCAGCACGCCGUCCGCUCCAAGGAGCAGAAGCAGCGGCGGGAGUUCAUGAAGCAGAGUCGCGCCGACUGUCUGAAGGAGGCGGUGGGGCCAGAGGACAAGAAGGAGCCCAACAUCAUCGAACUCAGCCACAAGAAAAUGAUGAAGAAGAGGAACAAGAAGAUAUUUGACAACUGGAUGACCAUCCAGGAACUGUUGACCCACGGUACCAAAUCGCCUGAUGGCACAAGGGUCUACAACUCCCUCCUGUCUGUGACCACAGUCUAGGAUCCUUUAAGCUCGGAGGGGAAAGAGCGGCUGAAGUCGGACUGUACAUAGGGCGAUAUUCAUUUGGGUCAAGAUUCCUGCCUCGUUCAAUGUGGCGGCGCUUUGUAAAUAAAAGACACAGCAAACUCUGUCAGGACUGGUGCAGGUACUUCACGUGAGGGCAGGAGCGGAGAAGAACUCUGAGAAGGAUUUUUGGAACGUUUUGCAAAGUAACAUUUUCUACCUUUGAGCUUGCUCUUUGAAAUUACUUUUUCGACAGUACUACACUUUUGGAAGGAUGCAAAACCCUUAUGCCAUACUCAAGAAGCCAGCAUCUAGACAAGUCGCAUUGCUUUGUUCAUACUAUGUAUCUUUCUCAGUAUUUACAGUUUUGCAUACUCUGCUUUUAUGGAAACCCAAUAUCGCUGAGCUAUAAUCCUUUUCCAAAGGACUUUUUGUAAAUUUGACAAAUACUUGUUUUUGUAACAAAUCCACAUUUUAGAAUGAAUUUCUCUCGUAACGGUGCUAAAUUUCCAAAGUCAUUUAAAGUGGAGAUCAUCACUGUGUGUGUGUUUUUGUUUUGUACACACCGUAGUCACUUUCUGUCAUAGGACUUCAUGUACUGAAGAGAAUAACAGCUUAAUGAAUCUUUAGUUUAGCCACGCAAUUUGGUGUCUUGUAAAAUGAGAGAAAUAAUAAAUUAUUGUUUUAUAUAUGAGAAGAUUUGAUUCGGCGUCUCACUUUUUUCAUCUUUCAGUUGAGAUGUUUGGGAUCUAGUAUCACGUUCAGUGGUACGUUUGGCAGGUGCCUUGUUUCAGCUCAACGCGGAACGCGUAACUUUGCUGCUGAAUUCGGGAAGAUUCUGUGCAAAUGAAGAGAGGAGAAUGAAGAGAGAAGUCAAAUGCUGCCCCAGCAACACAGCCAGAUAUAGCCCCAACUACCUGGUUGUAUUCAACAGUUACUCUUCAAAUAUGAAAAAUGUUACUCUUCAAAUAUGAAAAGUGUGAUCCAUAAUGCAGCGUAUGCUACAUAGCACUUAGCAUUUUGCUGUCUGCUGUUUCUGCCGGGUCCAAUCCGUGAUAUCAGACAUGGCGAGCCGAGUUCAGCAGUGAUGCAGGCGUCCUCCAGGCAUCUCCCCGAUUCAUGCCUGAUGCUUACUGAAUACUAAAUAUGAUGAAGCAAGAGUUUAUCUUCCACUCACUUCAUCCUUUCACCCUCAUUUCUUGAUCAAUAUUUUCUUUCAGAGAGCCUUCAAUUUUAUAAGGUAGAAAUAUUUAACACACAAACACAAUUGUAUUUGUCUUCUUUGUAGAUGGUGGU